CUCGUCAUUCGUAGUAUUGCUGUAUGUGUGUCCGGACACGAUUCUCACACGGCAGUUUCGUGAAUUUCCAUUUUAUUUUAAAGUUUUAUUUUAACUUUGUUCCGUUUUUAAAUUAGACAUUAUUCUUAAGUUUUGUAUUGAACCGCCGCCCUCAAAGCCCCAGUCCCACGCAGACACUGUCCGGGGUAGAUUUAAGUUUUUUUCCCAACAAUUUUGACGACAAAGGAGGUGCCGUAGUGUGUGCGUGCGUGUGUUACUUGUCACGGCAAAUUUACGAAAUUUCUCUACGAAUUUCCACUUGGCCGUGUGGCGCGGCGAGAUAUUGCGAAUUGACGUGUGCAGAAGAAGUUGGCAGAAGGAAUAUCUGUCGGGGCGGGCGAGCGUGAGUGAGUGCAAGUGUCUAUAGGCGGGCAUCGGACGAGUGAAGGACUUGGGAUCUUAGAAUUUACCUAUUUCGGGGGACGCAGGCGAGUAGAAGCGCAGCAGACAGAACUCUAGUCGAGAAGAAUUUCCAUUUUUACUUCGUGUGUGGAAUUUUUGUUGUGACCCCAGUGAUAAACAAUUUAUUGUAUGAGUCAAAAAACCGAAAGACCAGUACUGUCAGGUCAGCGCAUCAAGACCAGAAAAAGAGAUGAAAAAGAGAAAUACGACCCCACGGGAUUCCGUGACGCGGUCAUUUCAGGUCUCGAAAAAACUGAAGGUGACUUGGAACAAAUCUCUAAAUAUCUAGAUAGUGCUGGCAACAAAUUAGAUUAUCGUCGUUACGGUGAAGUACUAUUUGACAUAUUAAUAGCUGGUGGGCUAUUAGUUCCGGGCGGAUCAAUCUCUCAAGAUGGCGAAAAACCCCGAACCAAUUGCUGUAUUUUUACAGCAUCCGAGGAUAUGGAUGCCAUGCGCAGUUAUGAGCAGGUAUUCAUCAAGCUUAUGCGCAGAUAUAAGUACUUGGAGAAGAUGUUUGAAGAAGAAAUGAAGAAAGUAUUGAUUUUCAUAAAGGGUUUCUCUCCUAGUGAAAGGGUUAAACUUGCUCGCAUGACAGCGUUAUGGAUUGGCAAUGGUUCUGUACCGCCAACCGUGUUGCUUGUUUUGAACAAUGAGCAUUUAAUAAAAGAUGGAAUUGCACUCGAAUUCUUAGUCGAAUUGUUCGUAACUUUUAAAGAAGAAAAGGGAAUGUCAUCACUUGUACAAGCCUUGAAAAGGGGCGGCUUAGAAAGCAGAUUAAUGGAUUUCUUCCCUCCAAAUAAACGCACCGAAGAAUACUUGAAAUCCGUAUUUCUGGACAAAGGUCUGACAGAAAUCGUUAAAUUGCACAAGGCACAAGCCAGCCAAGAAGCGAAACGGGAACUGCAACAGGCCCUACUGGAUGAUAUCAACGAUAACAAAUCUCACAAAGAAAUCAUAGGCGACAUCAAGGAAUUGGCACAGAAAUCAAACAUUCCCGAACAUGAAAUUAUAAGUCUUAUCUGGUCAACGAUUAUGUCACUCGGUGAAUGGAACAAAAAAGAAGAAUUGGUUACGGAUCAAGCUGUUAAACAUCUUAAACUUUAUACACAGCUAUUUCAAGCGUUCACAUCGCAGGAUAGGUCGGAAUUAUCAUUGAUAUUAAAAGUUCAGGAAUUCUGUUAUGAGAAUAUGAAUUUUAUGAAGGCUUUCCAAAAGAUCAUUCUAUUGUUUUAUAGAACUGAGGUUAUAUCAGAGGAAACCAUAUUUAAAUGGUAUAAAGAUGCUCACUCAGCUAAAGGAAAAAUGCAUUUCCUUGAACAGAUGAAGAAAUUCAUCGAGUGGCUACAAAAUGCUGAAGAAGAAAGUGAAUCUGAAGAAGAAGACUAACCAAUUUACAUAGAAAAAUACAACAAUUACAUUGUGAACACGUUAUAUUGAACAAACAAGAGAUUCUUUUUACCCGAUUAUUGUAAAAUGAAAAUAAAAAAGAACUUAACAAAAACAAACUUUAAUAAUGAACGAAAACACUAUUGUACUAUUUAUACUUGUUGAAAAAUAAGAAACCAGGUCGAUCUUGCGACAACCGAAAUAUACAAUGACUAAGACAACGUGCAUAUGCCCUGGCAAUCAAUAGAACGAAUCGACUUGAAAUUAACAAUUUAAUUCGACCCCCACACUCCAAUAAAUCAAUUGGGUCACUGGCGACAGUUUACUCAGAACUUCUAUAAAAGAAAAAGAUUUUAGGUCGAUGUAUCUUCUCUUGAUUGGUAGUGCACAUGUACGGCCACGAUAAAUAAAAUCCAACAAAAAUACCUAACAUUGCCAAAACAAAGAUUUUAUAUGCGAAAUUUAAGAAACAUACAAAAUUUUCAUAUUUCUGGUUGUCGUCUUUCUUAUACUCAACCUCUCAUUCAUUGCCAGACAAAGUAUAAUUUCGAAUAAAACUGAACGUACGACUUUAUAUUAAACAGAGAAAAAAAAACGGAAAGAAAAAAACAUUUACAAGGUAAACAUCGACAAGAAAGCUAGAAAACAUGGAACAAUUUAAAGAAACAACAAACGUAUAUUUACGUAAAAGAAAUCAAGCCGACUUGGUUGCGCGACGCAGCAAAUAUUGUGCAUUGACUGAUCUUUAUAAAGCUAAAUAUACGAUAGACAAACAAACGGGGAAAAAUAUCUUAAUGAAUUGUAUAAAUGUGUGAUGCUCUUUGAGAUAAGUAAAUUAAUCUAGUCGGGGAGCACGAUUAAUAAAUACAAAAGAUGAUCAAUUUAAAUAAAUAUUUAUGAGAGAUUGAUGAUGAUAAAUAUACCUAAAAACACAAGAUGUUUGUACAUUUCGGGACGUAAUGAUGUGAAGUUGAAAAUACUAUUACUACUACUAGAUCACUGGAUGGGAGCGCGUGAAUACCGAUCGAUCGCGAAAGUCAAGAUACAGCAAAUUAUGAAAUGAAACCCCUUUCAUCGGUAUAAAUCUGAUUUAUCAAUAAAAAAUGUACAUUUUGGAAAGGA